AUGGUGAUUGGAACAAUCCGAACAGAACCUGACGUGCUAAGAACACUUCCGGCGAUGAACAUGUCCGAGCCGGCACAGAUUGUAGACUAUUUCGGAGAAAAAACUAGAAAAGGGGAGCAGCUUGCACAAGCACUUUCCCAAGCAAUUGCAGCCUCAAAUCUCUCAAUAGUCAUCUUGUCUGUCGACUAUGCUUCUUCAAAAUCAUGCUUAGCCGAACUUUCUGACAUCAUGGGGCGCAAAAACACUCAACAGCAUACUGUUCUGCCCAUCUUUUACCAUGUUGAUCCUUCCCAUGUCCGAAACAUUUGUGGGAGUUUUAAGGCAUCCUUUGAAGAGCAUGAAUCAAAUAGGCCACUUGAUGAAGUGAAGCGAUGGAAAGCUGCUUUCGUUGAAAUCGGCAAAUUAAAAGGGUGGCAUAUACAAGGCGGUAAAUUCGAUAGAUCUGAGACUGAAUACAUUAAAGAUGUAGUUCAGUAUAUCAUAAAAAGUUGAAUAGCAAGUCUAGAAGAGUUUCUGAAGAAUUAGUUGGAAUAGAUGAUCAGAAAAAAACAAUCUUGCAAUUGAUCGAGCAAGAAGAUAGUCGAAUAAUAGGAC